AUGCCUCUGGGUAUCUUGCAAGAUUACAAACUCGAACAUGUCCCGGGAACCGCCCCGUUGAGCGAGCUUGGUCGCAUUGAUCUUGAGAUCACGACUGAUGUUGACCGUGGACUGCUCAAGCACGAUUCUACAGGGCAGAUUGUACUCGUGCCGCAACCCUCUGAUUCACCCAAUGAUCCGUACAAUUGGCCAAGAUGGAAGAAGGAGAUGUUUACGGUCGUCAUUGCGUAUGGAUGUGGUUGUGUAGGAGCCGUCGGCCCGCUGCUAACGCCGGCUUUUGUACCACUGGCGGAGCAGUUCAACGUACCAUUACAGAGGUUUACACUAGGUGAGCUCGAUGCCCAACGUCUACAGCAUCGCAAGUGCCAAGCUAACAUAUGGUUCCAUCAUUUCCUAGGCUGUAAUGGUUCUUGUAUCGUCGCCAUCGCAUUUGGCAGCCUCUUGUGCAACACGCUAGCCGUCAAAGUUGGGAGACGACCGGUUUAUCUUAUAACUACGCUGGGGUUGGCAGUGUCGUGUUUCUGGGCCGCAGAGUCCACUAGCUUUCCUUCUCUGGCAGCGGCUAGGGCAAUCCAAGGGUUGUGCAUGGCACCGUUCGAGGCACUCAUCCCAGCAUCGGUCGGAGACAUCUGGCAUGUACACGAGCGCGGGUUUCGUAUGUCCAUCUUCAAUCUUGGUGUCCUCGGUGGUAUUAACCUAGCGAGUCCAAUUGCUGGAUCCGUCAUUCAAUACGGCUCUUACCGCAUCGCAAUGCACGCAAUGGGUGGUGCCUUCGUCGUCAUGCUGCUCCUCGUCUUUCUCUUCAUGCCCGAAUCCGCGUACCACCGCCACGACGUUAUCAACAUUGAUACAAGUUCCAAAACUGUAGAAACCGAUGCGAUGGAGAAAGAGAAGGCUGUUGAGCGUAUCGAAGACCAUGCGAUCCAUCCAUCCGUCUCUUCGGAGCCUGCGGACCCAUACAUCAAAACCCUUAUGCCAUGGUCCGGUUAUUGGGACCAUGUAUCCUUCUGGCGCACGUUUCUGCGCCCUUUUGUGUUGAUCAUAAGCCCUGUCGUCAUGUGGGCUACCUUGCUCUUCACCAUAUGCAUAUCCUGGCUAGUUUUGAUCUCGAUCACGUUGUCGCAGAUUUUCUCCGCUCCGCCGUACAAUUUCUCCGUAAGCGCGGUUGGCGCAACAAAUGUCUCGUCGUUCGUAGCGUCGUUACUAGCCACGCUGGUAGCCGGACCGAUCAUCGAUGGUGUGGCGAAGUUCAUGUCGACGCGCAACAACGGUACUUUCGAACCCGAGUUUCGCCUACCAGUAAUGAUCACUUAUUUGAUCUUCACUGCAACCGGAUUCUUUGCCUGGGGUCAAUCGCUCUACAACCAAGACCCAUGGCCUAUUCCCGUGAUUGUCUGCAUGGGCCUGAUCAACCUAGGUGUUCAGCUGGGUACCACCGCAGUAGUGACCUACGUCUCCGAUUGCCACCGCGAGCAAGCCGCCGAGGCCUUUGCCAUAAUGAACUUCAUUAAGAACCUAUUCGCAUUUGGUCUGACGUUCUAUGCAAAUGACUGGAUUGUGGUACAGGGUGUAAGAGACGCGUUUUACGUUAUUGGCGGAACUACUAUUGCGGUCACACUGGCGACGAUUCCAAUGUACAUCUACGGCAAGCGAGCGCGGAGUUGGGUGAAGAGGUGCGGUGUGCUUGAUAGUGUUCUCAAAGUCGAGUAG